CUGUGUGACAACAGUUGUCGUGGACGCCUUGAGCCGUUUUUGACGAAGACUCCACAGUUCUUAAGUUGUCGUGUGCCAUCUGGAGACGUUGUCAAUUCUACAGGUGCAUGACCUCUCCUUAAGAAGCUGCACGCUUUCGUGCUUUAAGGAAAUAUCGGGCUGUAAACCAUUUACGCUUUCGCGGUUUUAAGAUAUGCUAGCGAAAAUGUUAAGCGGUGCGAAUGCUCUUGUUAGAAAAUUCGAUCUUUUGAAUGUCAGUCAUAACAGAGAAGGAAGAAACAUUCUCAAGUUGGGAGUAUAUGAGAUGGAUACCUGGUUAACUAUCAAAUGGUUGUAGAUUUUUGGUUUAGGCAAGAAUGAAAAAAGUGAAAGGUUUAAUAAUUUAUUAUUAAAAAGUAUAUCUGGUUUCUAAAUUAAAACAUCUUUACCAGAAAGAAAGUUGUAUCUAUUGCUGUAUCCGGAGUAAAUUAGUAUAUUAUGUUAACAGUACAAGCUUUUGUAAAGUUACUGAAUUACAAAGUUGUCAAGCUGAAUAUGAAGUCUGUCAGCUAUUUCUACCAAAAGGCAUUCUACCAGUGAGAAUAUAAUUUGCAUUCUUUUUGAAGAUAAUUUUGUCUGUUAUAUUUAAUAUGGAUAUGGAUCCAAGAUAAAUUCAACCUAACUCUACCGAUUCUUUAGAAAGUGUCGCAUUAAAAUAUUUAUGAUGCACAGUGCUAAAUUCUCAAGAAGCCGCUCUCGUUGUAAACGAAUGGGUUCCCUAACAAAGGAUGAUGACGAAUUUAAUGAAUCCUCUUUGUCAUCUCUUAGUCGACCCAGCACCCAAGACAGCAAACGCUCUUCUUACAGUAGAUUAUCCACUGACAGCGGAGAGGGAUCAAUGGACGACUUCAACAAUCGUCGCAAUUCUUCUCCAGACUUUUGGAGAGAUCCCCUUGGAAGAAGGCACACAGCGCCUACAAGAAAACUACUUUCCUCUGAUUUAACAGUGGACGAAAUCAUACGUCCAAACACUGUCCAUGUCUGGGGUGGUUGUUCCCCAAGAUGUUCUUUAUCCCGCUAUGCUCCACUUCCAGCCAUCGGGGCUCAACCAGAUAAGUAUGAAUCCAGUGAUUUUGAACGUCCAGUGCCAGUGAGACGCCAAUGCUUCAUGGGGCCGUUAGACAUCGAUAUUCCAGAUUCUACAGCGUCUGAUGACAUUAAUGAUAAUGAGACUUCUUAUCAGCAAGAUGAUGAUGACAGUUCUCAUCCACCGUUAUUCUCAUUGACAUUAAACAGUGACAGCGAUUCAGAUUUCGAAGAUGAGUCUGAAAAUGUGCAACAGUGUGUGUCUGAAGGCGAAGAAAGUGAGGAAAAGCCACGUCGGACUUUAAUUAGAUCGGCAACAUUCACCAUAGAAAAAGAGCGUCCGGAUAUUCGAGGUCCAUUCUUGACUGUUGCUAUUCGUCUGCCUGAUGGUGCAAGAGUGGCCGAAAAGUUUGACUGCAAAGAAACUCUACGGAAUGUGUGCGAAUUCGCUAUUAGCAAAAUGGAAGAUCCUAAGCCGCAGAGAUAUUCUGUGGUCACAACAGACGUGCCCAAACGAACUUUCAAAGAUUUGACUCUAUCGCUUAAAGAGGCUGGUAUAGAUGAUAAAACCCUUUUGUAUUUGCAGAUACAUGACGAAUAUGAUUCUGAUUAAGAAAUAAGUAUAUAUAGUAGAUAUUUGAAUUUUAUUUCAUUAUAAUUUUAGUUAAGAAAUAUUUAAAUUAAUGAAAUACUAUCGACAUUCGUGUUGAAGGAGUGGUAAAAUUUGUAAAAAUUAAGUCAUUAUAUAUCUUAAAUUUAAAUAGUAUGUAAAAG